ACGUGCAGAGAAAGCAAGUGAAAAGGGGGACGCCACGAAAAAUACAGAAACGGCGACGACCACCGGCGACCGGAUAUUUACGGCGACUCGUUGACGGAAUUUUACCAGAAAUAGGUAAUUGAUUCAGAAUAAAGUUUUAUGGUGUUUCAAUAUACGAGUGGGAUCCUAGGGGUGUUUUGAGUUAUGGCUGGGUAUGCGGCAUUUGAAUCGGCUUCAGCUAGUUCAUCUGAGCUAGGAUUUUCUGGAACUUAUUUGAAUGGCCAGAGGGGGGUUCGUGCAGUGGCAGUGAGGCCUAAUUUGGAUAGGUGGGGAAACCUUAGAGAGGGUUCUGAGAGCAAGAUGUUUGGUUCAGGAUUUGCUGUGUCACGUGGUGGAAAUAGUGGGGUGGUAGCAUCAGAUGAUUUGCGCACAUUGUCACAGUGUAUGUCACUGGAGCCUAUUGAGAUGGGUGACCACAAGAUUGCUUGGUAUGUUGAGUUAAGGAGGGUUAUGGGGAUUUCUGUUGGAAGCACAGCUGAAGAGAAUUCUUUUGGAGCUGCUGCUGCUCACAUGAAGCCCUCACCCCCAGUGGCAGUUGUGAAGGAUUUAAAGCGUUUCAGAUUGAGUGUUGUGGAUACAUGUGUCAAAGCUAGGGACAGAGCAAAUAAAAUGGAUGAACACUUGCAUAAUUUGGAUAAAUAUUGUGAAGCUGUAUCCUCCACGAAACAACAGAGCAAUGAGUUGGUGAUUAAUGACCGACCAGGUGCUUUAAAUUUGAAGAUAGGUACCCAAAUUUACAAUAUAAAUCAGAGAGUAGAAGAUCGACCUAAGAACAUUCUUCUCAACAAGCGUGUUCGAACUUCGGUGGCUGAAUCCAGGGCAGAAUGCCAGAGUAAUGGCCUACAGAGGCAGCCUGUGGCAAUGGCUAAAGAUGGAAAUUUACUCGAGAACAAUGGUGGAGAAUCUGAUUUGUUUGACAAGAUUCGUAUGCUGGCUGCAGGAGGGGAAGGGUGGGAUAAAAAAAUGAAAAGAAAACGUUCAGUAGGCACAGUUUUUACAAGAAAUGACAGUGAUGGAGUGCCUAAAAGAGCUACACAAAACAAGGUUGUUGAUGAACGUGGUUCACAACCAAGUGAUGCCCCCAUCUGCAGGUUAGGGGCUUCUAAUGGUACUGGUGGCAAUAACAAGCCCAACACAACAUCUUUGCCUAAUAGUUCCAUCACGGGCCUGUCUCCCAAAGGUGAACAGGGAGUGCCUAUUCUUCCGAGCACUCUUACUGCUGGAUCAAACAAGGAAAGGAUCAUCACAAAAGAAAACAGCAAGUUAAAUAUCCGUGAUGGCUUUUAUACUACCUUUCCUAGUCCAGUGGCAAAAAGCAAGGCUUCAAGGACUGCACGAACAGGCUCUAUGGUGGCAGCUAGUUCAUCCCGAGGUAUUCCUUAUGUACCUGGAACGCUUGGAAGCUGGCAGAAUGCAACAGAUGAGGACAAAAUUCUUUCAAAUGAUGGGAACAAUAAUCGCAAACGUGCUAUGCCUCUGGGGUCAUCUUCUGCUCCUAUGGCUCAAUGGGUUGGUCAGAGACCCCAGAAAAUGUCUCGAGCGAGGAGAGCAAAUCUGGUGUCUCCUGUCACAAAUCAAGAUGAGAAGCAUUUAUCUUUUGAAAGCUGCUCACCUUCUGAUGUUGGUGCUAGAUUGGUCUCUAAUGUGACCAAUGGUUCUCCUAUUUCCAGAAAUGCGACAAGUGGUCCCCCGAAGUUAAUGGUUAAACUUGAUAAUGUUCAAUCUCCACUACGAUUAUCUGAAAGUGAAGAAUCUGUUGGUGGUGAAAGCCGAUUAAAGGACAAAGAAAUGGAAAUUAGUGAAGCGGAUGCAAUUGUUGUUCAGAAUACUGGAUCUUCUGUUACACUUGCAAAGAAGAAAAAACCUCUUAUUAAUGAAGAGAGUGGCAAUGGUGUGUGGAGACAAGGGCGCAGUGGAAGAGGUCCUCUGAUUGCAAGGUCUAGCAAUUCGCCAAUGGGGAACAGAUUGGAUAAUGCAGCCACACCAAAGCCACUUCAACGUAGUAAGACUGGUUGUAAGAAGAACGGAAGUAAGCCAGGCCGUCGAUUGAAAAGGCUUUCAGAUCGCAAGGGCUUUUCCCAUCAUGUCCCAUUGCAUAAUAGUAGCUCUCCUGAAUGUACAGGGGGGUCGGAUGAUGACCGGGAAGAGCUGUUGGCUGCUGCAAAUCAUGCUCGUAUAGCAGGCCAUCUAGCAUGUUCAAGUACAUUUUGGAAGAAAAUGGACCCACUUUUUGCUUCUGUCAGUUCUGAGGACAAAUCCUUUAUAUCCCACCAGCUAAAGUGUUCACAGGAGAUUCGGGAAGGUGCUCCUCAGUUGCUUGGUCAUGUAAAUAAUGCUAAGGUGGGACUUCUGAAUGAAGAAGAUUCUGUAUCUGAUGCAUUUCCUUCUGGAGAAAGAGAAGUGCAUAUGCAACAUCAGGGAAGUGAGUCUUUCUCUGGGAGAGAUGAUAUGGAUAAAACAUCUAAUGGGUUCAUGCCAUUGUACCAACGAGUAUUAUCAGCACUUAUUAUAGAAGAUGACAUUGAUGGGCUUGAAGAAGGGGAAGCAAGGAAUAUACAAGUUCAGAACGCUUAUGGUGCUUCGACUUAUGAUUCACAUCACCUCGGUGGUUCUGAGCCUAGAGAGGGGGCUAGGAUGGAAAAUGAAUGUGAUACCAUGUUUUGCAACCGUGCUCAAAGUCUUCAUUCAACAAAUAAAUCUUUUCCAAGCAAUGGAGGUAUAAACUCAUUUAGAAGCUGUACCAUCAAUAGUCCUGUGUCUGAAGAUGGGCAUUCAGAAGCUGAGCUGCUGGCUGGGAUUCCAAAGAGCUUCCUGAAGAAGUCACCACGAACGUUACAGAUGGAAGGUCUUGGCAAAAUUUCGCUUGGGUGUCAGUAUGAACAGAUGUGUCUAGAUGACAAACUUCUACUGGAGCUUCAGAGCAUAGGCCUAUGUCCAGAUACACUGCCUGACUUGGAUGACAAGGAAAAUGGAACGAUCCUGCAUGAAGUUGAUAAGCUGAAGAACAGACUUCAGCAACAGGAGGUUGAGAAGAAGGCAUGCUUAGAGAAAAUAAGUAGAGAUGUUGAAAGCAACUCUGGAGUCCGAGACCUUGAAACCCUUGCUAUGGAUAGGUUGGCUGAGCAGGCUUACAGAAAACUUUUGCAGGCUACCAGACGAACGUCUAGAUCCAAUGUACAUAAGGUGCCGAAGCAAGUUGCACUGGCUUUUGGAAGGAGGACUCUUGCUCGAUGUCGUAAAUUUGAAAAUUCAGGUACAAGUUGCUUCAAUGAGCCUCCAUUUCAAGAUAUCCUUUUUGCUCCAGUCGAAACCGAGCCAGAACCUACGGCUUCUGUUGGAUGGCCCAUUGCCAGCACCAAGUAUUCCCGAUCACGUAACUCUCAGCCAGAACCCAAGCACUUAGCAGAUGGUGGUCCAUCUAAUAUCUUUGGAAACUUCAAUCAUCUCUCCGAUGAGGUGUUUGCAAUAAACGGACCAAUAUCCAACAGAGGAAAGAAGAAAGAACUAUCGCUUGAUGAUGUUGGCACUGCCGCCAUUCGAGCUGGGACAAAGGGAAAGAGAAGUGAGCGUGACACCACCAAAUCUAGACGUGGCUCAAAACCAAAACCAAAACCGAGACCAAAACCAAAACCAAAACCAAAGCAAAAGAUGGCUCAACUGCCUAUUACAUCUGGGAACAAUGAAACCAAAGGACCAAUACAUCCUGUACAGCCUUCAGCAAAUGGGAAACGUCAGUUGGCAGAUAGUAGACGGGAUGUUCGAUUUGCGUCCCAGGGUAGAAACGACACUACAAACCUGUUGGCUGAUGAUUUAGACCCAUUGGAUGAAUUAACUGUAGGCGCCCCUCAGGAUCUGACUUCUUUUCUGAACUUUGAGGAACAAGAUCUAGAAGAGGAUUUUGCAGCAGGACUUGACAUACCGAUGGAUGAUCUUACCCAAUUGGAUAUGUUCUGAUUUUGUUCUAGUGUACAUUCACAUGUGAAGGAUGGGAGUCAGAUGCAGCUUUGCAUUUGGCAGUUUGUGGGGGUAUAAUUAUUUAGAGAAAUGAAUAACAUCUGGUGUAUCAUCAUCUGCUUUCUGGAGGAUAAGAAUAAGAUUGUGCAGAUAGAUUUUGACAACCCAAAACCAUGGUAGUUUAGCAGCAAUCUAAGGCAGGUCAUAGUAUAGUUUUUUUAUACUAUUACUGUAAUCUAGUUUAAAAAAUUCACAUAAACCUUGGGAUGGCAAAAUCCUGCUAUCUAUUGAUAUAUUAAUGGAGAAGAUUUUUUAUUAA